UUUUUUUUCACAGUCUUUGUACAUUUCUGUAGAAUGCUUCUCUCUAUUUCUCUGUGUGAUGGUAAAGAGGCGUGAACUAAUCCGUCUGACAUCAUAUAGGAAGUAGAGGGGUUUGUCAGAAGAACUGUAGUUCAGAGUUCCAGCAGGACAGAAUGGAGCCCACCUUGCUCUGUGUGUUACUCUUGCUGAAUACAUACAUCAACUCUGGACACUCUGAAGAUGAUGCUCUGCUCAAAGCUACACUGACUGUACAACCAAACCCUGUGUUCCCUGGAGAUACAGUCACUCUGCAGUGUGACAUAUCAGACUACACAGACUGGACGUACUACUGGUUCAGAGACAACCAUCACCUUCCCAGUCAGACCAGUAAAGCCAUAGAUAUCACCAUCCCCAUCACUCAGACUGGUCAGGUUGGUCAGUACAGAUGUGAGGGGCUGAGGACAGAUCGGCCACAGAUAUCACAACCCAGUGAUGUCGUCACCAUCAGUGUCACUGCUCUGCCCAUGGCCUCAGUGAAGAUAGUCACUCCACUGGGUCUCCUCUACCCUGGAGAGACAGUCACUCUGCAGUGUGACAUAUCAGACUACACAGACUGGACGUACCGCUGGUUCAGAUACAAUGAAGAGCUUCUCACUAAGACCAGGAAAAACAACAUCUCUCUCCCUGACCAGGCUGGUCAGUACAGGUGUGUUGGGACGAGGAAAGGUCGGCCCCAGAAGUCAUAUUACAGCUCAGCUCUCCCCAUCAUCAUCACUGCUCUGCCCACGGCCUCAGUGAAGAUAGUCACUCCACAGGGUCUCCUCUACCCUGGAGAGACAGUCACUCUGCAGUGUGACAUAUCAGACUACACAGACUGGACGUACUACUGGUUCAGAGACACCCAUCACCUUCCCAGUCAGACCAGUAAAGCCAUAGAUAUCACCAUCCCCAUCACUCUGACUGGUCAGGCUGGUCAGUACAGAUGUGAGGGGCUGAGAACAGAUCGGCCACAGAGGUCACAAACCAGUGAUGUCGUCACCAUCAGUGUCACUGCUCUUCCCAAAACUACUCUGACUGUGAAGCCAAACCCUGCAUACACUGGAGAGACAGUUACUCUGAAGUGUUCAGUUGGGUCUGACAGUAGAUGGAACUAUCAGAGGUACAAAGACUGGAAUUAUAAUGUCGUAUCCGAGUCUGUCAGACACACUAUAUCAGGAGACACUCACACCAUCAGUAGAGCUGCUGAGUUUGACCAGGGUCUCUACUGGUGUGAAGGGAGCAGAGUGUCUCGACCCACAUCUUCACAACCAAGUGAUCCUGUCACUCUCACUAUAAAAGCUCUGCCCACGGCCUCAUUGAAGAUAGUCACUCCACAGGGUCUCCUCUACCCUGGAGAGACAGUCACUCUGCAGUGUGACAUAUCAGACUACACAGACUGGACGUACUACUGGUUCAGAGACACCCAUCACCUUCCCAGUCAGACCAGUAAAGCCAUAGAUAUCACCAUCCCCAUCACUCAGACUGGUCAGGUUGGUCAGUACAGAUGUGAGGGGCUGAGGACAGAUCGGCCACAGAGAUCACAACCCAGUGAUGUCGUCACCAUCAGUGUCACUGCUCUUCCCAAAACAACUCUGACUGUGAUGCCAAACCCUGCAUACACUGGAGAGACAGUUACUCUGAAGUGUUCAGUUGGGUCUGACAGUAGAUGGAACUAUCAGAGGUACAAAGACUGGAAUUAUAAUGUCGUAUCCGAGUCUGUCAGACACACUAUAACAGGAGACACUCACACCAUCAGUAGAGCUGCUGAGUCUGACCAGGGUCUCUACUGGUGUGAAGGGAGCAGAGUGUCUCGACCCACAUCUUCACAACCAAGUGAUUCUGUCACUCUCACUAUAAAAGCUCUUCCCAAAACUACUCUGACUGUGAAGCCAAACCCUGCAUACACUGGAGAGAAAGUCACUCUGAAGUGUUCAGUUGGGUCUGACAGUAGAUGGAACUAUCAGAGGUACAAAGACUGGAAUUAUAAUGUCGUUUCCCAGUCUGUCAGACACACUAUAACAGGAGACGCCCUCACUAUCAGGAGAGCUGCUGAGUCUGACCAGGGUCUCUACUGGUGUGAAGGGAACAGAGUGUCUCGACCCACAUCUUCACAACCAAGUGAUCUUGUCACUCUCACUAUAAAAGCUCUUCCCAAAACUACUCUGACUGUGAAGCCAAACCCUGCAUACACUGGAGAGACAGUUACUAUGAAGUGUUCAGUUGGGUCUGACAGUAGAUGGAACUAUCAGUGGUACAAAGACGGGAAUUAUAAUGUAGUGUCCCAGUCUGUCAGACACACUAUAACAGGAGACACCCUCACUAUCAGUAGAGCUGCUGAGUCUGACCAGGGUCUCUACUGGUGUGAAGGGAGCAGAGUGUCUCGACCCACAUCUUCGCAACCAAGUGAUCCUGUCACUCUCACUAUAAAAGCUCUUCCCAAAACUACUCUGACUGUGAAGCCAAACCCUGCAUACACUGGAGAGACAGUUACUAUGAAGUGUUCAGUUGGGUCUGACAGUAGAUGGAACUAUCAGAGGUACAAAGACUGGAAUUAUAAUGUCGUAUCCCAGUCUGUCAGACACACUAUAACAGGAGACGCCCUCACUAUCAGUAGAGCUGCUGAGUCUGACCAGGGUCUCUACUGGUGUGAAGGGAACAGAGUGUCUCGACCCACAUCUUCACAACCAAGUGAUCUUGUCACUCUCACUAUAAAAGCUCUUCCCAAAACUACUCUGACUGUGAAGCCAAACCCUGCAUACACUGGAGAGAAAGUCACUCUGAAGUGUUCAGUUGGGUCUGACAGUAGAUGGAACUAUCAGAGGUACAAAGACUGGAAUUAUAAUGUCGUAUCCCAGUCUGUCAGACACACUAUAACAGGAGACACCCUCACUAUCAGUAGAGCUGCUGAGUCUGACCAGGGUCUCUACUGGUGUGAAGGGAACAGAGUGUCUCGACCCACAUCUUCACAACCAAGUGAUCUUGUCACUCUCACUAUAAAAGAUUAUCAGCCGUCGACAACACUGACUUCAGACAAAGAGAACAUAUUCACAGGAGACAGUGUGACACUGAGCUGUACUGUAGAGUCUCCUGGAUGGAAGUUUUACUGGUACAGACACAGACCAGACUCUACACCAGUAACCACAACCUCUGGAUACUCCUACACACUCAGCAGGGUCAGUGUCUCUGAUGGAGGACAGUACUGGUGCAGAGCUGGGAGAGGAGACCCAGUCUACUACACCCUGUACAGUGACCCAGUCCAGAUAAACGUUACUGAGAGGCCUGUUGCUGUUCUGACCCUCCAACCCAACUGGACCCAGAUAUUCAGUGGAGAGACUGUUACUAUGAGAUGUGACAUGCAGGGAGGAGGAGACACUGACUGGAACUACAGAUGGUAUAAGAAUAGUGAGUUAGUGAUCCCCUUUAACACAAAGACUGAGUACAGAAUCAGUCCUGUCUACAGGUCUAACAGUGGCUCAUAUACUUGUGAGGGUGUAAAGGGAAACAAGUUCUCCAAGACCAGUGAUGCUGUACAACUGACUGUGUCUGAUCAACCCCAACCUGUCCUGAGUAUCUCUCCUCAGUGGCUGAACCCUGGAGACUCAGUGACUCUGAGUUGUGAAGUUGACAAGACGUCAACAGGCUGGAGGUUCUCCUGCUACAGGACUGUUCCCUACAGAGCUGGGUUACCCUCCCUAUCAGACAAGUCUUACUCUCUACAGCCCCUAUCUGACAAUGUGACUAGUGAAGACUCCUACACUCUGAUCCCUGCUGGUCCUACUCCCACAGGAGGAUAUGUGUGUAGAGCUGGGAGAGGAGACCCAGUCUAUUACACACUCUACAGUCAACCUCAGUUUCUCUGGUCAGGAGAUCUGCAGCCUUCAGUGUCUCUUACAGUAAAUCCCAACAGAACUCAACACUUUACAUCAAAGUCUCUCUCACUGAUCUGUGAGUUGAAGGGGAACUCUACUGGAUGGAGACUGAAGAGAUACACAGAGACAGCAUGGCGGUCAGAGUGUCCAUCUACCUGGAGAUCAAUAACAGAAUCCACCUGCACCAUCACAUCAUUGGACACACGGUCCAGUGGAGUGUUCUGGUGCGAGUCUGGAUCAGGAGAGAACAGUAAUGCUGUCAACAUCACAGUAAAUGAUGGUGAUGUGAUCCUGGAGAGUCCUGUCCAUCCUGUGACUGAAGGAGACACUCUGACUCUGACCUGUACAUUUAGACAUCAGGGAACAAAUCCUAAACUCAAGACUGAUUUCUACAAAGAUGGAACACUCAUCAAGAAUGAGACCACAGGAGAGAUGACCAUCCCUACAGUAUCCAAGUCAGAUGAAGGAUUCUAUAAGUGUACAUCUGAUGAAGGAGAAUCACCAGAGAGCUGGGUGACAGUGAGAGUUGUUGCUCCUGGAUCCUCUACAUCAGUCCUAGUAGGAGUGGUUGUGGGUCUGCUUGUUGCUGGUGUUCUACUAGUCAUUCUCCUGGUCCUGCUGGUGAGAUAUCAAAACAGCAAAGGUUCCUGUUUCAACAGAAUAUUCUGGCCCCCUCAGCCCCAGAGAACCAACCAGGACCCCCAACAUGAACAAGAAUCUGCCCAGGGCCAGGCUCCUGAUACUGGGUAUACACAUCAGCAGCAUGGUGGCACUAACAUCUACGAUACGAUCAAUUCCUCAGACAACAAUGAUACUGAUGCUGCUGGUGCUUCUGCUGCUGGACCAAGUCAUGUGACCUACGCCCAGAUUCAACUGAAAAAGUUGGACAAAAAAAAGAAAGAAAAGAGAAAUGAUCCUAAAGACUAUCCAGUCUACUCUGAAGUGAAGACAGGGAAAGCCACAGCAGCAGCUGGACCUGUUGAUGUGACCUAUGCUGAGGUUGACCUCCAAAAGAAGGUCAAAACCAAGAAGAAGAGAGAAACAGCAACCCCAACUGAGCCAGAAUCUGUCUAUUCUCUAGUGAAGCCAUACACAGUCCCCGCAGCAGCUGGACCUGUUGAUGUGACCUAUGCUGAGGUUGACCUCCAAAAGAAGGUCAAAACCAAGAAGAAGAGAGAAAGAGCAAACCCACCAGAGGCAGAUUCAGUCUAUUCUCGAUUGAAGCCACGCUCAUGCCCCGGUCCUUGAGGGAGAUGGAGGGACACUUCAUAAUUAGAGGAGCAGGAUAAACCUGGGAAUAUAGAUUAUGCACACACACACACACACACACACACACACACACACACACACACACACACACACACACACACACACACACACACAAGCACCCCCACGCAAGCGCCCCCACGCAGGCGCCCUCACACAUACACAUAAGGAUUUAUAUGUAUAUAUAACAACAUAUAUAUUUGAUUUAAUAUUGGUUCAACUGUGUAUAACUGCAACAGGUUUUUAAACAUCGAUAUGGUGUUAUGGAUAUUAUCUGCAGCUACAGUAAUUGUAUAAAAUAAAAAAAUGAACUAUACAUUGUGAGAGUAAUGGAACUGGAAGGGAUGAUGGACGAUCAGGGAAGCAGAUCUGAUGACACCGAGGUCUGAGGAAGCAUUGAUGGUCUGAUGAUCAUAUGAACAGAGGGAGCAGCUCAGAGUAGAAAGACAGUCUGGGUCUGUUGCCUCAGCAGCGCACCAUGCUGGUGAUAGUUAGCUUAGCUGGCUAGCCACUCUUCUCCACUAACUCUAUGUAACUCCCACUUGGGUGAUGCUAUUAUGCUGCCACAAAGAUGCUGGAAGAAUUACAUUUGCAGUCAGAGUAGCUUAUCCACUAGUCCCAGCCUUCUCCUCAUACAAUCUUCUCAGUCCUUCUGCUUCUCUCCAAACCGGUGUUUCAGCAUUCUAAUCCAUUCACAGCCAAACCGUCUCCAAGCUAGCUUGUUAGUUAGCAAUUGAGCCAAAACUGGCAAAUUCGAACUUUAAAAUCAUUAUUGAUGACCAAUUAAUUAUGGAUUCUAAAUUACCAAUCAAAAAGCUGGUAGAAAAAUGGCCAUACAAAUAAACUUAAAGGCCCAGUGCAGUCAAAAAAUGUGAUUUCCUGUGUUGUGUAUAUACACAACACAGGGGCGGCAGGGAAGCAGGGUGGCAGGGUAGCCUAGUGGUUAAAGCGUUGGACUAGUAACCGGAAGGUUGCGAGUUCAAACCCCCAAGCUGACAAGGUACAAAUCUGUCGUUCUGCUCCUGAACAGGCAGUUAACCCACUGUUCCCAGGCCGUCAUUGAAAAUAAGAAUGUGUUCUUAACUGACUUGCCUUUUUAAAUAAAGGUAAAAUUAAUUUUUAAAAAUGCCAGACAUUAGGAACUACUGCCUAAUAUUCAGUUUUCCCCUUCACACUCAGACCACUCCCACGCAUUCAUAGCAUCAUUCUUGUUUGACAAAUUGCUCUUUGCUUAGCAAUUAUUUUUGUUUAUUUUUUACCACAAUCACAGUAAGAUUCUUACUUGUUACCCAGAAAUGAUUUGAUUGAGAUAAAAGUGACUGCAUUGAACCUUUAAAGACCACUGAAUAUGAUUUAAUGUGCAAAACAUUUAUGAGAACGAUCAUCAAUGGCUUCCAUAGCAGCACCAUCAUGGCUAUUUUUUUACAUUUAUUGUCAAUGUCUGAAAUGUAUUAUCAUUGAUUCAUUUUUCUGUCAUUACAUGAUAUAAUAACAUAUUUCUUUAUGAUUUUUACAAAAUACUUUCAGUAUUAUACAUGUUUUUUUUCUAUUCAACUGUACUUUUUGAAUAUCUUUGCAUUGCGCUUUUUUAAUAAACUUAAGUUUUUCAUCCACAA